UUUUUGUAAAUAAACCAUGUGGCGACGAUCUUUUGCGUUAAAAAUUACGAUAAAAGUGGAUGAAACUAUCGGUUGAUUAAGACCCGGUCUUCUCAAAUGAAGUGUUAAAAUAACGUUCCCAGCUCAGUGAAAUGUUUGUACUGGCGGAGCUGAAGGACAACGUGCGCAUAGCGCCGGAACUGUUUCGGUUGAAGCUCCCCGAAGCCAUCAAGGAACAGAUAAAUCGAAAGCUAGCCAAUAAGGUACUGCUGAACGUUGGGUUGUGCAUCGCCCUGAAGGAUAUCGUAAAGCUAGGUGAUUCGAUCAUUCUGCCCGGUGAUGGAGCCUCCCAUACCGAGGUUCACUUCCGGUACAUCGUGUUCCGCCCGAUGGUCGGUGAUGUGAUAACGGGCAAGAUCAGGAGCUGCAGCCGCGAGGGGGUACACAUCACACUCGGCUUCUUUGAUGACAUACUGAUACCGCCAUCGGCGCUACAGCAUCCCUCGCGGUAUGAAGAAACGGAGCAGGCCUGGGUUUGGGAGUAUCCGCUCGAGGAUGGCAACACGCACGAUCUCUACAUGGACAUCGGAGAAAGCAUCAAGUUUCGAGUGUCCGGUGAAGUGUUCGAAGAAAGCUCACCGAUUGGACCACCCGAUCAAGAGGUACCGUCUGGGUCGGGCGGUUCCGGUGCUGGAACCGGUGGUGGUUCAGGUAGUACCAACCCCGCACAGGAAAGCAACAAAACGCCCUACCGCAUUGUGGCGGCUAUCAAUGAGUCCGGCCUUGGGCUACAGUCCUGGUGGGUACAACAGAAUCAGGACGAAGGAGAAGCUGACGAGGAGGAUGGUGAAGGUGAAGAGCAAGAGCAGGAAGAAGCAUCAGAAGAAGAUUAAUAAACCUACCAUACAGUAGGCGUUGACGAGCGACGACACGCGGAUUCGGAUUUCAUUGACUAAUUCACAUAAUCCACUUCGAUUAACACUUUCCUCU